AAGGAGAGAGAGAGGGAGAGAGAGAGAAGGAGAGAGAGAGGGAGAGAGAGGCCACGUGGAUAUUCCAACAAUCGCAGGCUUCAGAGUCUCCGGCCAAAGAAUAAACAAAUGGCUUGGUCUACACUGUCAUCACUGGUUACUGGGUGGAGUACUGUUAUUAAAUCUCAUGGAGACAAGCGCAAAAAAAGAAAGUGAAAGAGGGAGAGAGAAAGAGAGAGAGAGGGAGACAGAGAGAGAGAGAGAGAAAGAGAGAGGGAUAAAUAUAACACACAAACUUCAGAGGGAGGGAGACAGAGAGCGGAAAGAGAUAUUUAAAGCACAGACAGAAGAAAAGACAGAGACAAAGACACAGAAUCAAGAGGAGAGCUCUGAUUUGUCAUGUUAGAGAAGCUGAAGCAGCCAGAGAUGAACGAGGCAGCUCAUCCCCAAGUGAUCCAGGCAGGGGACGGGAGGACGCUCUCCAGAGCAGAGUUUCUCUCGCUGCUGAGGACCUACAACUGCUUCCUGAAAGACCAGACCCAGCUGCACCUCAGCUUCUCUCAGGCUGAGGAUGGAGAGGUGGUGGUGGAGGGCUUCCUGAACAUCUCCUGGGGAGUGAGGAGACCCAUCCGGCUGAAGAUACAGGAUGACAAACAGAUGCUUCCCUUUGCCCCCGUGACCUCACCGGACCCCGUCAGUCCAGUCAGCCUACUCGCAGACAAGAGGGGUAUGACGCGAUGGGGAGAGUAUGCUGACCUUCACCAAAUAGAUGAGAUGGCUGAGACGCCGCAGGAUAUAGUCGUCACCAGUCCUUUACCAGGCCCGGUUGUUUAUGAGACCGCCACGCUGCGUCCCACGAGGCAGAAGAGCGCCGAGCUGGAGGCGGAGUCCAAUCUGUUUCGCUGCAUGAGCGACGCCUCAUUGGUCAAGAGGAGGAGGGGGAGGGGCAAGUCAGCGGCACAGAGGGAGAAAGAAAGACAGCAUCGCUUCUCCAUCAACGGACACUUCUACAACUAUAAGACCUCCAUCUUCACCCCAUCCUUCGGCACACCAACUAAAGUGCGCAUCUCCAGCAGGAUGACCACAGACCAGGUCAUUGAGCAGCUGCUGAACAAGUUCAAGAUAGAGAACGAUCCCCAGGAGUUUUCACUGUACUGUGUUCACCAGAGCGGAGAAAAGAGGAAGCUCAGUAACAGAGACCAGCCCCUAUGGGAUCGCAUACUGAUGGGACCCUCUGAUGACAUCAUGAGGAUCUUUCUGAUGGACAUGGACGAGGAGGAAGUCAGUGAUGACGUAGCCCAAUAUCUGAACUUGGAGCUUCCUAUCCUGGAGCACGUCCUACUGAAACUCAGAGAGGAGGAGAACAGAGAGAUACAGAGGAUCAUUGUCAAGUACCACAACCAGCACAGAGUCCUGUCCAACAUGCUGAACUGUAAGCUGUCACCUCACAUUGAGACCAGCGUGUGAGGACCACCGAUCUGAAUCACCGACACAGGACCGGUCAUUCACCCACACCUCAGGGCCGGGUGUGAAACGCCAAGACGGGAAACACCACAUGCCAAACUGAUACCAUUACCGACAAACAACAAAGAAAUAACAAGAACAUGGGACCUUUUCAAGUCUUACAGAGAGAGCUGCUUAUAUCAUUUUAUGUUCACUAGAUGACUGUGUUUGUUGUUUUUGGAAACUGUAAAGAUGCUGCUGUAAAUAAUUGUAAAUCAUUGUUGUGUGUUCAAUAAUAAAUAUAAGAUGUGGGACCAGCAUGAUUUUUUUAGAAAAAUUAUCAUUUAAAGGAUGCCACAUUCUGCUAAACAAAUCAAAUGACUCCUGUAAAAGAAUCAUCAUCAUCACUAUCAUAACCAAAUGUAUGUCUCUGCAUCCAAAUGCACUAAUUGAUUAAUUCAAUGUGAAUGGUUUAAUUGAGCAACACAGGUACUUCCAUUAAGUACUAAAAAGACAAAUUUCAUAAUAUUGGCAGAAGGUGAGAUAUGGAUUAUGCCAGAGUUUCAAUGUAGCAAAAGAAAAAUAUUUUACUUAUUUAUAUCUUAUUUGAUGAGAAUUUAAACUGGAAAACAUAUAUUAACCUCAUUUAUAACAAAACUGUAAAGUCACUAGGAAUAAUCAGCAAACUACCAAGUUUUGUAAAUGUGUCUUGUUUAUAAAAUGUGUAUUAUUCAAUGAUCUUUCCCUAUCUGAUUUAUGGUAAUACUGUCUGGGCAAAUAAAAAUAAAAAAACCUC